AUGCGCUCAAGCUCGCUUCUACUAGUCCUUACCGCUGUCCUAGUCUCGACCGGCGACACUGUCUUGGGUGCUAUUAGCGAAGAUACUGACGCACUUUUCGCUGAGGCUUCCUUUGUUGUACCACCCCUCUUAAUAAGUGCAGACAAGAGAAGUCGACUUCUCCGGUGGCAUCAAGAUGACAAGGAAGAGAGGGGCAAUGUUCUGCGGACAUCAGAGGAAAUGAUCCAAAGGUGGCUAGGAAAAGGCCGUAUUCCAGCGCAGAUUAAGCAAAUAUUGAAAGUCACGGACCAGACCUCGGAAACCGACGCAGCAUACCUGCUGUGGAGACAGUAUGUCUCAAGAUACCAGGCUGAGUACAGCCAGUUCAAACCAGUUUGA